CACUUCUUUCUCACUCACUCAUUCACUCCUUUUCAUGCUUUUCUCUUCUCACUAGUUCUUAUCUUUAAACCCUUUCUCCCACUCUUCUUCAACAAAGAAAUGGGCAAUUCUAGCAACAAUUUUCUUCAAGUUAUUGCCAAAAACUUCGAUGUUCUUGCUUUGCCUUUGGUAACACUCGUUUAUCCAUUAUAUGCUUCAAUCAGAGCAAUAGAGACUAAGAAUAUUGUAGAUGACCAACAAUGGCUCACAUAUUGGGUUCUAUACUCUUUGAUCACACUCUUUGAGCUCACAUUUGCCAAACUUCUUGAAGUGCUUCCAAUUUGGCCUUAUGCCAAGUUAAUACUCAGUUGUUGGUUGGUUCUUCCUCACUUUAACGGGGCAGCACAUGUUUAUAGACACUAUCUUAGACCAUUCUACAUGAACCCACAAUUGCCAAAAAUGCCGCAGAUGCCGGGAACUUCUCAAAUGUGGUAUGUUCCAAAGAAGAACAUAUUUAGUAAGCAAGAUGAUGUUCUAACCGCUGCUGAGAGAUAUAUGCAAGAACACGGAACAGAAGCAUUUGAAAGACUCAUUACCAAGACUGACAGAGAAUCUAGAGCAAGGAGGAGCGGAAACUACAUGAUCUUUGAUGAUGAUUAUAGAUAUUAAAUGUUUUAAUCAUAAGACAUUUUAUGAUGUUUUUGUUAGGCUAAUUAUUUUAAUUAAUCAAUUAUGCAUUGACAUAAUCAAAUAUUAGGUAUUAUUAUUAAUAUAUUAAUUAUGUUUAAUUAGUAUUGAUAGUUCUAUAAUGGCCUGGCUUAUGAGUUGACUGUAAUUUCUUGAAUUUUUUUCCUAUGCCAAUAGGAAAGUGAUAAAAGAAGGGAAAAUAGAAGGUAAUUAGUGACAAAAUUUCAUAAUUUAAAUUAAUUUAUUGUGGUUCUCAA